AUGUUGAGAGAAAUCCAGCAGGUGUUGAGGCUGGUGAAGCUCCUGGGGAAGCAGAGACGACAGCGUGACGUGAAGACGAACGGGGGACUAGUUGUUCUUCUGUGGACUGACACUGAACCUUCUGCUCAUAGUUUGAACUGCACAGUUGCAGCUGCUGGUCCCUGGUGCACUGGGAUUAAAAUGAAAGCACUCCAACCUGAUCUCACAGAUUUGAAGGCGAGCAUGUUUCCCUGCUUGUGGCCGUGUCCUGAGCCUGACCCUGAGGAGCUGACUGCCUUCACUGAUGUCUAUGGUUCCCUCAGAUUAAUCCUCUCCUUUCAGAUUAAAAUCCACCUCAAAUUCAAACUCAACCAGCAGACCCUCCAACCAGAAUUCAGGCCUCCAGAGUGUGUUAAGAAAGGAUGCUGGUGUCUGGGAGGACACCCUGACCUCGGAGACAGGUUGCUGCUCAGUAUCCCACCUCGAGCCAUGGAUCAAGGCCUGUAUGGGGAGCUCAGCGUCCAGCCUGUCACACUCCUUAGCCCCUGUGUGCUGCAGUACCCCAAUCUGUCAACCCAGCUCACACACAUACAAGUUUUGGUUUACAGCCCCAGUAAUGUUCCUGUUACAGGCCCCUCGGGUUUCUUCCAGAACCUCCCUGCUCAUCUGGGCUGUGAAGAACUUAGCGUGCACGGCCUCCAUUGCUCCUCUUACAAAGAUCUUGUGCUCAGUGGUGGCAUUGUGUAUGAAGUAGAGCAAGAAAACCAGGAGGAGGAAUCAAUUGUUCCCACAAUGCAGCAGGGUCUCCUGCUCUUCCUCUUCCUGCAGCACAGCGACCCCUUCACCUCGCAGCUCUCUGAUGUUAUGGCCACGGAGGCCCUGAUAGAGCACCACCUGGAGGAUAUUCUCAGCCACAACCGGCAGGCAGUCACAACAGCCCUGCAGACUGAGCUAAAGAAAACACUGAAAGCCCAACAGCGCAGGAAAAGGCACCAAGAGAAGCUGCGUUCAGCUGUCAAGGUGAUUCUCUCUUCGUCCAUCAGUAUCGUGAGCUGUAGCAGUAACAUGGACUUCAGAAAUGCCUGUCUCAACAGCAUGAAGGUACAUGACACCCAUGAAUUGUCGGCCUCCCUCUGUGAAUCUCUGUGGAAGGUGACAUCAUGGAAAUUCACACCCAGAGGCCGGUGCUACUCUGCUCAGAUGGAGGAAGAGGAAGAGAGUGAUGGACUCACCAGGACAGAAAUCUGAGACUGUCUGAGAUUGUCAUUAUAAAAAAGAGAUGUUUUAUGUUUGAAACCUCUGAAAGCAGUUAACACUGGAGUAAAUAUUCAUUACGUUGCAAAUGUGCUGGUGAUACUAUAAAGACAAAUUAUUUAACCUUUGAUUACAAGAAAAAUACUUGUAUUUUGUUAUUAUACUAUGUGUUGCACAAACCCAAAAUGUACUUUUAGUUCAAAAGAUACAAAUGUUUUAAAGGAGAUCUAUAUUAAGGCUGCAACUAAUUAUUGCAUUAUUAUUAAUUAUUUGGUUAGUUAAACAUCAAGAAAACAAUAGAAAAUGCCCGUAACAAUAUCCUGCAGCACCAAACGGCAUCAAUAAAUAUUUUGAAAAAACAAAUCA